UGAGGGGGUUCCCUUUCAAACAUAGUGUGCAUAAUCCAUUAUUAUUACCCAAAUAUAUAGUAACCCUUCCCUCCGUUUGAUGGCCGUACGGCCUUGUCACUUCAUUCUCUCCUCAUCAUCAUUCCACCGCCUCCUCUUCCUCCGUCCUUUUUCCUCUAGAACUCCGCCCCCGUCAACGCCGUCAUCUUCGACUUCUUGUGUUAGGCGAGCGCCAAGUCUAUCGGACACGCUGGCGCAGAAAAUAGGGAAAUCAAUAAGGCGACCGGGUGCGCCUUCAAAGGCCCGGGUGUAUACGGAUAUUAAUGUGAUCCGACCCAAAGAUUAUUGGGAUUAUGAAUCCCUUACUGUUCAAUGGGGGGAGCAGGAUGAUUAUGAGGUGGUAAGGAAAGUUGGGAGAGGAAAGUACAGCGAGGUGUUUGAGGGGAUUCACACUACUAAUAAUGAAAAAUGCAUUAUCAAAAUCCUAAAGCCAGUGAAGAAGAAAAAGAUCAAGCGUGAGAUUAAGAUACUGCAGAAUCUUUGCGGUGGACCUAAUAUUGUGAAAUUACUCGAUAUUGUCAGAGAUCAGCAAUCGAAGACCCCGAGUCUUAUAUUUGAAUAUGUGAAUAACACAGAUUUUAAAGUGCUUUAUCCAACUCUUUCCGACUUUGACGUUAGAUAUUACAUUUAUGAGCUGUUGAAGGCAUUAGAUUAUUGCCAUUCUCAAGGUAUUAUGCACCGUGAUGUGAAGCCCCAUAAUGUAAUGAUUGAUCAUGAGCAGCGGAAACUUCGGCUAAUAGAUUGGGGACUUGCAGAAUUUUAUCAUCCCGGGAAGGAAUAUAAUGUCCGGGUGGCUUCUAGAUAUUUUAAAGGCCCUGAACUACUAGUUGAUUUGCAAGACUAUGACUACUCUUUGGACCUGUGGAGUCUUGGUUGUAUGUUUGCAGGGAUGAUAUUCCGGAAGGAGCCUUUCUUCUAUGGACAUGACAAUUAUGAUCAACUUGUGAAGAUCGGGAAGGUUCUGGGGACCGAUGAAUUAAACUCUUACCUAAACAAGUAUAGAUUGGAAUUAGAUCCUCAUCUUGCAGCCCUUGUUGGACGACAUAGCAGGAAACCAUGGGCGAAGUUUAUUAAUUCUGAAAACCAACAUCUCGCAGUCCCUGAGGCGGUUGAUUUUGUUGACAAACUGCUCCGAUAUGAUCAUCAGGAAAGACCGACUGCAAAAGAAGCAAUGGCUCAUCCGUAUUUUUAUCCUGUUCGAAAUGCUGAAAGCAGUAGAACCCGCACUCACUAAAAGAUCUAGCAUGCAAUGGACCAAAUAUCCCGGUCUUCAUUUGCAGUCAUUAAGUGAUACUCUGCUAGUUCAUAGAUGUUCUCUGGUGACAGCCAAUUAUUAUGAACCACUCCUGGUUUAUUUGCUGGCCAUAUCAGAUACUUAUCUGUAUGCCUGCUCCGUGUUAACUUGUAUCAUUUCUUUUAGCUGUGUGAGGCCUAAAAGAAUAAGAAAAAUUCAAUUUUUUUUCCCCUUAAAUUUUUGUGCUCCUGAAGUUAUUACUGUGUCUGAAUUCUUUCAGAGUGUAUUUUGUGUUCUUGAAAAUUUUGAACAGAUGGAUGGCUUUCCCUA